GAUUGUAAUUUCAUUAUGAAUUUUAAUUCUUCUGAAUAUGUUUCCCCUUUUCUAGAUUCAGUUUUACCAACCGAAUCAUCACCCGAUUGGAACAACAAAGCCGACAAUGCAUGGCAACUAACAGCAGCAACAUUAGUGGGCCUUCAAACUGUUCCUGGGCUUGUAAUACUGUACGGCAGCAUGGUUAAGAAAAAAUGGGCCGUGAAUUCAGCUUUCAUGGCCCUAUAUGCAUUUGCUGCCGUGUUAGUUUGUUGGGUUUUAUGGGCCCAUGAAAUGGCAUUUGGGACAAAACUUCUACCCUUUGUUGGAAAGCCCAAUUUUGCAUUGACACAAAAAAUUCUACUUGCAAAAGCAUCAACAAAUUAUUAUCUACCAAUGGCUGACUUUGUUUACUAUCAAUUUGCUUUUGCUGCAAUUACUGUUGUGUUGCUUGCAGGGUCUUUACUUGGGAGAAUGAAUUUUUAUGCAUGGAUGUUGUUUGUUCCUAUGUGGCUUACAUUUUCUUACACUAUUGGGGCUUUUACUAUAUGGGGGAAUGGCUUUCUUCAAACUAUAAUAAUUGAUUAUGCUGGUGGCUUUGUAAUUCAUCUAUCAUCUGGCGUUGCUGGUUUCACAGCUGCUUAUUGGGUGGGUCCAAGAAGUUCAGAAGAUAGGCAAAAUUUUCCACCAAAUAACAUAGCACACAUGCUUGGAGGUGCAGGGUUCUUAUGGAUGGGUUGGACAGGUUUUAAUGGUGGAGCACCAUUCCAAGUUGGAGAGAUCACUUCAUUGGCAAUCUUCAAUACACAUCUAUGCACUGCCACAAGCCUACUUGUUUGGCUUGCACUAGAUAUGGUUGUAUACCAUAAGGGCUCACUCAUUGGUUCUGUUCAAGGAAUGAUCACUGGCCUCGUUUGCAUCACUCCAGGUGCAGGGUUGGUGGAUCCAUGGGCAGCAAUAUUGAUGGGAGCUUUGUCUGGUUCAAUUCCAUGGUACACAAUGAUGGUGUUACAUAAAAAAUCUCCAUUCUUUCAAAGUGUGGAUGAUACAUUAGGAGUCUUUCACACUCAUGCCGUAGCUGGUAUUCUUGGAGGAAUCCUUUCCGGUGUGUUUGCCAAGCCCAAACUUUUAAGGAUACUCUAUGGGCCUGAAAUGCCUUAUGGGCCUGGCUUAUUCUAUAGCUAUUUUGAUGGAAAUAUGGGCCAUGGAAUUAGGCAAAUAUUGUACCAAUUACUAGGAGCAACUUUUAUUACUCUUUGGAAUGUUGUUGUCACAAGCCUCAUUUGUAUUCUUGUAAGUCACAUUAUGGAUCUUAGGAUGCAAGAACAAGACCUUGAGGUUGGUGAUGAUGCUAUUCAUGGUGAAGAAGCUUAUGUUUUAUGGGGUGAUGGAGAAAAAAUGCGACUCUCUCUUCAUGUACAAAUAACUUCAACAAUUCCUUCCAUCUCUCGCCAAAGACAUUCAAUUCCUCCUAUCGAUAAAAAUGUGGAAUAAUUGUUGCUAUUGUUUGAGUAUCAAGUGUGAAUAAUAUAUCCUAUAUAUAUUUGAUAGAAAUGUGUGACCAGUAACAUAAAAGUUAGAGAAGAAGCAUAUAUCAAAUAUUUCAUAUUUUGGGUCAAGAUGUGUCCAAACA